AUGAACCAACUGAUUGCUUUCGAACACCCAGCCCAAGCAACCCCACUCCCUUUAGAAAUCAUCAAGAAUAUUGUCGACUUGGUCUACUAUGACAACGAAAAUGCUACAUCUAUCAUUACCAACUUGGAGAGCUUUGCGAAGUCUAUCCUUCCCUUGAACAAGGCCAUGCACGGGAUGUCUGUCAAGCUCUUGUAUCAGUAUGCGAACUUCACCCGUCCACAAUCCUUUGACAAGUUCUUGCACACCUUGGUAGCCUCCCCAUACUUGGGCCAGUUUGUCGAAGUCAUUGACUUUCAGGAGUUCACCUCCGUAGGCUUGGGGAGAACCAACCGCAUGAUGCAAGAGAUCCAAAUGGUCACUUCCGACACCAUUCACGCCUGCUUGACCGAGACCCCUAACUUGAGGGAGUUCUUGGCGAGUGAGUCCAUCCAGGACGACAUGGAUGCACGGUUGUUGACGUUCUUGUUCAACAGCUUGCCGACGUUAGAGACUGUGGAUUUCUGCGGCGCCAACAGUGACAAGUUUGCGCGCGCCUUCCAGGAUAUGACCAUCGGUGAUGCCGCUCCAACGGCGAACUUGCGCAACGUGUCCUUCCAUGACUGCACCAACUUGUCCGUAGACGUGUUUACCAAAAUCUUGCCUCGCUUGACUAACGUUUCCAAGUUGGACUUGUCUCACACCCAGGUCACCUCCAAGAUCUUGGUGAAUUGCAUGCCGUUGACCGCCAAGUUGACCCACUUGUCUUUGGCGCGCUGCUGCAAGGUUACCACUAACGACUUGAUGCAAUUCUUGAUGUACCACCCGUCCAUCAGGAACUCCGGCGGUGCUCUCAAGUGGCUCAACUUGCAGGUUGACUCAUCCGUGGUUGCUCCGUUCACCGCUGAGCAGUUGCACGAAGUGUUGCGGGGCUUGAAUGCGCCAAACUUGGAGUACUUGAACUUGGGCGGCUUGCCAAUCGAUGCCACCACGCUUGCCAUCGUCAAGAAGCAGUUCCCGAAGUUGCAGUCUGUCACCUUGGCUUUUGCGAAGGACAUCACUCUUGCCGAUGUGGUGGAAUUUUUAAAGGGCAAAGAGUCCCAGAUCAAGCUCAUCAACUUGUUAGGGGUUGCCAAGUUCAACCGCUACACCAUCAGCCACUUGAUGCAGCAGCAAGCAGCCAGCUUCCCUGCAUUAGAGUCGAUCGAGUUCGACGCCGAAGUGUUACAAACUUUGGCCUAUGAGGCCUAUCAGACCGUGUCGAUCACCUCUUGCAUCCCCGCCACCGAAAGCUCUCCGGCCGUCUUUUCCAAAAAGGUCUGGAAAUUUUUCGACAACCAAGGUAGAAGAGGCUGGUUGAACUUAUUGAAGCCGGACGCCAGCGGCUCCGACUACGUGGACUUGGCCAAGUUCUCCGGCGGUACCUCCUUGGUGCGCUAUGACAUGAAGACCGGAAAGAAGAUCGUGACCAAGGUGGAAGUACCGGAGUUUCUCCAGUACGCCUCCCGGAAAAUCAACUGUUCUAAAGGUGCUUUCAACAAAAGUAGGGGAAACGAGUUCCACAAGAACCAGAUGGAACGCGGGAUCUACAAGUACUACUCGUUGAACGUCAAAUAAUCAGUCCCGCAUUCUUUCCUCAUAAUUAUAAUUACGAAUUUUGUCUUGCUUUUGUUUUUUUCGGGGUUUUUGUUUUUUUAAGGGUUUUGUUUUGUGUAUAUCCCCUUUUGCUAAAUAGUCAUUCGCAU